ACUGGAAGUUACGUACGAGAGGUUUGAAUUUGAAGGUCGCGGUAUCGUCCGGUGCGCCUAAUCAAGAGAGAGAAUUGCCGUCCUGCCUGUACGCCGUUGCUCGUCGUUCGCGACAGGACGGGUUAUAAUCCGUCGACUUAAACCUGAACGUAGACAUGAACGAUCCACAUAGAUAUUUCAACAAGUCGCGCGAACCUGCGUCGGCACCUCCUUCGAGAACGAUGACGCCGUUAGCGAGUACUCAGCACAUCGCGACGCAGACGUCGCCAGUGUCACUGGAUGCUCCAAUCUUGCGGCGAGGAUCGAGCAGCAAACCGGCCGUGCUGAGAGUCAAAGAGUUGAAAGAGUUGGUGGACGAAGAGCUGUUCAACCAGGAGUACGCGCUCUACUCGCAGCACGACGACAACUACAGCGACGAGCAGUACAUACGCAGGGACCUCAAAUCUCUGAAAGGCAAAUUGGACGAGAUGCACAAGGACAUCCCAGAAGGAGCAGCAGUUCCACCUAUUGCAGAAGUAAAAGAAGUGGAACCAGAUAUCACAGAAGAAGCAAUACCAACCAUAGCGAUGGAAAAAGUAAAGGAACUUAGAGAACCAGAGGAAGUCUCACCAAUCGUGACAGUCGACCUCAAUCACUCUCCGAUGAAAAAGAAAAUCAAAGUCAUCGAGAGCGAUCGGAAGAAGUUGCAGGAGCCUCAGAAGCAGGAAAUACACGGGCCCGUCCCGGCCCAUGCCGCGCCGAUCCCGGGACCAUCCCGGGCCGCACCAGUAGCAGUCCACCCGCCACCUAUUCACUGCCAGCUCCCGACCGGGGAGCGUGUGGCAGUUCCCUAUUUUAAGGCGACUCAAAGCCGAAAAUUCUGUUCCCGAACUGCCAGUGGCACCUGGACUUUAAGAUUUGAUGCCACUGGCCAAAUGGUUUUCUGCCGACGCCGCCAUCCAGCGAUCCAGCGAUCCAGUGACGGAAAACAAAUAAUAAUAAACGUCUUCAUUUUUUGAUGCUUUAUGUUCUCGAGGA